GCAGAGAGGUUAACUUUGUUGCUGACUUCCUUAGAGAAAUGGCCAGGACCAAGCAGACCGCCCGCAAAUCCACCGGUGGCAAAGCGCCGCGCAAGCAGCUGGCCACGAAGGCUGCGCGUAAAAGCGCUCCGGCCACGGGGGGCGUGAAGAAGCCUCACCGCUACCGGCCGGGCACGGUGGCGCUGCGCGAGAUCCGGCGCUACCAGAAGUCUACGGAGCUUCUGAUCCGCAAGCUGCCCUUCCAGCGGCUGGUGCGCGAGAUCGCGCAGGACUUCAAGACGGACCUUCGUUUCCAGAGCUCUGCGGUGAUGGCUCUGCAGGAGGCGAGCGAGGCUUACCUGGUGGGUCUGUUCGAAGACACGAACCUGUGCGCCAUCCACGCCAAGCGGGUGACCAUCAUGCCCAAAGACAUCCAGCUCGCCAGGCGCAUCCGCGGGGAAAGGGCUUAAAAAACUACAGUAUUACAAUUCAUUUCGGCAAACUCGUAACAACCCAAAGGCUCUUUUAAGAGCCACCCACUCCUUCACUUAAAGAGCUGGUUGCUGCUGCAGCGAUCUGUAUGUUUAUACUGUCCAAAAUACGUAACGGGCUAUCCCUGGUAUGGCUUCUACUGCAUUUGUAUCUUUAAAUAGGCUUACCUAAAAACAGCUUUUUUUAGAAGUUUCAGUAAUGCGCUACGAUUUCAAGCUCUGGUGUGGCGUAACCACUAUACGUAAACAUUUGAGGAAGGACAUGAAAA